AUGGCAGAUGCAUCAGAUGGCUUUGAAGUUGUUACAUCAGAAGGGUCAGGUGCAAAGCAAUCACCUGCAUCCUCACAAGGAAAAGCAGUCAGAGAGGCUGGGGACCCAGCGGAGAAACCUCUGCUUCCAGAACCUGCAGACACUGCACGGUCAGAGGAGGGCUGGGACCAGUGGUCUCCUUCUCAAAAUUCAGUACUACGAGAGAAUACAGCAAAUGGGACAGAGACAGCAAGCACGACUGAGGAUAAUGAAACAGUUAGGAAGUCUGGGUCUAAUUUUGAUGGAACUGUCCAGCCUGAGAAUCAGGGAGGCUUUCCUGAAAAAGUCAUUCAACAGGAUUACUGCAUGCCUGAUGUCAUAACUGUCAGAGUAGAAAGAACUUCCAUUUUAACAGGUUCGGAUUCAUUUCAAGAAGUACUUGUAAAAAUUGAAAGACCUACCUAUAAAAAACCUUUUCUGGGUGGAUUUAGGAACGUGUCAACAGGAGUAGAAUUUCAUAAUGCAGGAUCACAAACAAUACCCAAAAAACGACCUGACAAAGGAAUUCCGUUACUUUGUAAGGGAAUACAGGCAGGUGUGGAAAAAAAUAAGCAACAACAAACAAGAAAUACAACAUCAACACAGAUGACUAAAAUUGGCCUUUAUGUAUCAAACAUGACUGACAAACUAAUUACUCCAGGAACGUAUUUUACAGCGGAUGAAUACCAUAAACGUAGACUUGAAGCAGUAAUAGUAAUACAGAAAUAUUUCCGUCGUUGGUAUGCUAUAAAUUUAGUACGAAAUCUGAAGGAACAGAGGAGGGCAAGGCUUGCAUGGGAGGCACAAGAAGAAUUACAGAAAAAAAGGGAGAAAGAAGAAAAAUUGAGAAGGGAGUAUGAGAAAAAACUGAACCCUAAAACAAAAGAAGACUUUGAGCUACUGUACCACGACUUGGAAUUAUGGGUGCAGGAGGAGACUGGGCGAAUUAACAGAACUCUUUCUGGAGCUGAAAGAAAGGCAGCGCUUUGUGCACUUCUGGAGGAAGAGACACAGCUGAUUGCUUGCAUUGGGAUGCACAAACAAGAUGCCAAUGUGGAGAAUCAACAAAAAGCAAUAAUGCACCUUCUGGUUAAGUGUGCACAACCUAGGAGGUGGAAAGCAUUUGAUGGAAAAAUCACUGAAAUGGAUACACAGAGCACUCUCCGUGGAAAAGAACUGCUUGAAAUCUACCGCAGCAUUAACACAAAGGACAUCCCAAAAGAUGAGAGGAUAUCUGUGCUGUUAACACUCAAAUGUACAGUCAAGGAACAUGAAUGUAAAUUAACACAGGAAAUAGGGGCAUUAAUUGACAGGGAAAUUGAUCUUAUGUCAAGGGAGGUGAAAGAGUGCAACUUGGAAGGACUGAGGAAAAGAAUUUGUACAUUAUUUCUUCAGUAUACCAAAAGUCCAGAGUUUAACCCUGAAGUUGCUGGAUUAAUUAAGGUUCCACAAGAUCCCUUAAAGCUUUAUAAAAAUAUCUACUUCUGUCACAGCUGCGAAAAUUAUUUACCAUCUACUGAGUUUCUCAUUCCUGCAAAUUCCCGCACCAUUGGCAGAUGUCGCUCGUGUUACCAGCUUGACAAUGAGGCUCGGAAACGAGAAGCAUAUUUGAAGUACAGACUUAUACUUGAAAAUCUCAGGAAGUCUGAAGUUGAUUAUCAGGAUGAUAGUAAAAUCGUUUUCUUAGUUCAGCUUCCAGAUAUGCAGUACCUGAUUGAGAAGAUAUGGAACUGCCAGUCAGCUCUCAGUGCCUGCAGUAAUCUGUAUGAUUUAGUUAUGGUCAGGUGGGAUAAGCAGCAUGAGUGGUCUCCAUGGAACACUAUUCUCCUCACUGAAGAAGAGGCAGAUGCACAUCUUAAGCUGUGUGACCCUCUGAAGACUUAUGAAGGUCCAUUUAUUUACAGAGUAGAACAAAAGCAUAUCCGGGCAAAAAACUACUUUGCUCAAAUUCCUGCGAUGUCACCAUUUUUGCAUAGAAGUAACAAUCAGGCUAAUGCAAAUUCCUACAUGAAACAUUGUUCUUCAAAGUUAAAGAAGUGA